AUGAGAAAUGAAAUAGUCAGAGACACAAAGAAAGAAGUUUUAGGUUUUCACUCAAAAGUGUUCAGUACAUCAGGCAUUCCAUCACAAGGUAUUACUGAGCCAAAUAGAACAUCAGACAUUCCAUCACAAGGUAUUACUGAGCUAAAUAGAACAUCAGACAUUCCAUCACAAGGUAUUACUGAGCCAAAUAGAACAUCAGACAUUCCAUCACAAGGUAUUACUGAACUAAAUAGAACAUCAUACAUUCCAUCACAAGGUAUUACUGAGCUAAAUAGAACAUCAGACAUUCCAUCACAAGGUAUUACUGAGCCAAAUAGAACAUCAGACAUUCCAUCACAUGGUAUUACUGAGCUAAAUAGAACAUCAGACAUUCCAUCACAAGGUAUUACUGAGCCAAAUAGAACAUCAGACAUUCCAUCACAAGGUAUUACUGAGCUAAAUAGAACAUCAGACAUUCCAUCACAAGGUAUUACUGAGCUAAAUAGAACAUCAGACAUUCCAUCACAAGGUAUUAAUGAGCUAAAUAGAACAUCAGACAUUCCAUCACAAGGUAUUACUGAGCCAAAUAGAACAUCAGACAUUCCAUCACAAGGUAUUACUGAGCCAAAUAGAACAUCAGACAUUCCAUCACAAGGUAUUACUGAGCUAAAUAGAACAUCAGACAUUCCAUCACAAGGUAUUACUGAGCCAAAUAGAACAUCAGACAUUCCAUCACAAGGUAUUACUGAGCCAAAUAGAACAUCAGACAUUCCAUCACAAGGUAUUACUGAGCUAAAUAGAACAUCAGACAUUCCAUCACAAGGUAUUACUGAGCUAAAUAGAACAUCAGACAUUCCAUCACAAGGUAUUACUGAGCUAAAUAGAACAUCAGACAUUCCAUCACAAGGUAUUACUGAGCCAAAUAGAACAUCAGACAUUCCAUCACAAGGUAUUACUGAGCUAAAUAGAACAUCAGACAUUCCAUCACAAGGUAUUACUGAGCCAAAUAGAACAUCAGACAUUCCAUCACAAGGUAUUACUGAGCUAAAUAGAACAUCAGACAUUCCAUCACAAGGUAUUACUGAGCUAAAUAGAACAUCAGACAUUCCAUCACAAGGUAUUAAUGAGCUAAAUAGAACAUCAGACAUUCCAUCACAAGGUAUUACUGAGCCAAAUAGAACAUCAGACAUUCCAUCACAAGGUAUUACUGAGCCAAAUAGAACAUCAGACAUUCCAUGA